UCCAGCUCACUUACAGGUAGCGGCGAGCUGUGAUAUCAUGUAUCCGUAUACUUACCUGCUAUUGGUCAUACUGACUGGCUUCUGUACUUUCACAGAAUGCGUGACAACUUCCUCCUCUCCAACCAGCUUUACUACACCUUCGCCAUUUAAUCUUCGUCUGGUUGACGGCGCUACCAACAGUUCCGGACGUGUCGAGGUCUUCCAUGAUGGACAAUGGGGCACUGUUUGUGAUGACGGCUGGGGAUCUAACGAUGCAUUAGUUGUGUGCAGAAUGCUUGGAUAUAGCAACGCUUUUUAUUUUGGUUCUGCCUAUUUUGGUGCUGGGUCUGGACCAAUUUGGAUGGAUAAUGUCGCUUGUGAUGGAUCGGAACAAAACCUUCAGGAUUGUACUUUCAAUGGUUGGGAAAUCGAGGAUUGUAGUCAUAGUGAAGAUGCUGGUGUGAUCUGUUUCUCAGAAAAUCAAGAAGAUGAGGUUGCCUUCCGACUGAGUGGAGCACCAGAGCCCAAUGCUGGUCGUGUGGAGGUUUUCUAUGCUGGUUACUGGGGAACAGUUUGUGACUACUACAACUGGGACUACAGAGACGCAACUGUUACCUGUAAAAUGCUAGGAUUCAGCAACGCUUUUUAUGUUGGUUCUGCCUAUUUUGGUGCUGGGUCUGGACCAAUUUGGAUGGAUAAUGUCGCUUGUGAUGGAUCGGAACAAAACCUUCAGGAUUGUACUUUCAAUGGUUGGGAAAUCGAGGAUUGUAGUCAUAUUGAAGAUGCUGGUGUGAUCUGUUUCUCAGAAAAUCAAGAAGAUGAGGUUGCCUUCCGACUGAGUGGAGCACCAGAGCCCAAUGCUGGUCGUGUGGAGGUUUUCUAUGCUGGUUACUGGGGAACAGUUUGUGACUACUACAACUGGGACUACAGAGACGCAACUGUUACCUGUAAAAUGCUAGGAUUCAGCGAUGGUCGUGCCCCAUAUCGCACCUACGAUUACGGUAGUACGACAUAUAUUAAAUGGAUGGGAAAUGUCAAUUGCAACGGCACGGAAUCCAGUCUGGAGGAAUGUCCAUUUGACGGAUGGGGAUAUGUUAACAGUUGUCCAUAUCCGGCUAACGUCUUUUGUUAUAAUACAUCAGAAAGCGAUAUUGACGUACGCCUGACUGGAGGUUCAGGUUCACAUGUCGGCCGUGUGGAAGUGUACUAUGGUGGCUACUGGGGAACCAUUUGUGGCUACUACGACUGGGACUAUAGGGACGCCAAUGUCACGUGUAGGAUGUUGGGGUACAGUACCGGUCGGCAAAUAUAUCGCACCGUAAAGUAUGGCUCUCUAACAGAACCUGUGUGGAUGGGAGGUGUAGACUGUAUCGGUACGGAGGACAGUCUAGCUGAUUGUUCAUUUGAUGGAUGGGGACAAGUUGGAUAUUGCAGUAGCUAUCCUGCUACUGUUUUCUGUUAUAAUAUAACAGAAAGCGUUAUUGACGUACGCCUGACUGGAGGUUCAGGUCCACAUGUCGGCCGUGUGGAAGUGUACUAUGGUGGCUACUGGGGAACCAUUUGUGGCUACUACGACUGGGAUUAUAGGGACGCCAAUGUCACGUGUAGGAUGUUGGGGUACAGUACCGGCCGGCAAAUAUAUCGCACCGUAAAGUAUGGCUCUCUAACAGAACCUGUGUGGAUGGGAGGUGUAGACUGUAUCGGUACGGAGGACAGUCUAGCUGAUUGUUCAUUUGAUGGAUGGGGACAAGUUGGAUAUUGCAGUAGCUAUCCUGCUAGUGUUUUCUGUUAUAAUAUAACAGUUAACUCCACCGUUGACAUCCGGCUAGUAGACGGACCAAACAAUUAUACCGGUCGGUUAGAGGUGUACUACGGUGGACAUUGGGGAGGUGUUUGUUCUCAAAAUAACAACCUUGAUGACAAAGAUGCAGCAGUUGUUUGUAGGAUGCUGAAAUACAGCGAUGGGCAGGCCUUAUACAGAACUUAUGGUUUGCCUGAUGAACCGAUAUGGAUGGACAAUCUAAGAUGUAAUGGUACAGAGUCCAGUCUAGCAGACUGUCCGUUUAACGGUUGGGGACAGGUUGGAUUCUGUUAUUAUCAAGCUCGUGUAGCGUGUUACAAUGCAUCAGCUAAAAGUGAAAUAGCCGUGAGACUAAUGGGAGGAUCGGACGCCCACGUUGGACGUGUGGAGGUGUUUUAUGGUGGUUUAUGGGGGACGGUGUGUGAUGACUACAGCUGGGAUUACAAGAACGCAGAUGUAACCUGUAGGAUGAUUGGAUACAGUAAUGGACGAGCAAUCUACAGAACGUCUAAAUAUGGUGGUGCUUCGUCACCGAUUUGGAUGGAUGAUGUACGGUGUAACGGAACUGAGGGGAAUCUGGCUGACUGUACUUUUAGUGGAUGGUCUUCUUCCGAAAACUGCAACUACCCAGCCAGUGUUUUCUGUUAUAACGUGUCAGUGAACUCUAGCUUAGGCAUUCGACUGGUAGACAGACCAAACAAUUACAGCGGUCGAGUGGAGGUGUACUACGGUGGACAUUGGGGAGGUGUUUGUACCUACAAUUAUAUCUUUGAUGGCAAUGAUGCCACCGUCGCCUGUAGGAUGCUUGGAUACAGCGAUGGUCAGUCCUUAUACAGAAGUUAUGGUUUGCCUGACGAACCAAUAUGGAUGGAAAAUCUAGGAUGUAAUGGUACAGAGUCCAGUCUAGCAGACUGCCCAUUUGACGGUUGGGGACAGAUUGGCCGGUGUUAUUAUCAAGCUCGUGUGGCGUGUUACAAUGCAUCAGCUAAAAGUGAAAUAGCCGUUAGACUAGUGGGAGGAUCAGACGCCCACGUCGGACGUGUGGAGGUGUUUUAUGGUGGUUUAUGGGGGACGGUGUGUGAUGACUACAGCUGGGAUUACAAGAACGCAGAUGUUACCUGUAGGAUGAUUGGAUACAGUAAUGGACGAGCAAUCUACACAACGUCUAAAUAUGGUGGUGCUUCGUCACCGAUUUGGAUGGAUGAUGUACGCUGUAAUGGAACUGAGGGGCAUUUGGCUGACUGCACCUUUAGUGGAUGGUCUAAUUCUGAUUCAUGCAACUACCCAGCCAGUGUUUUCUGUUAUAACGUGUCGGUGAGCUCUUACUUAGAAGUUCGCAUGGUAGACGGACCAAACAACUAUACUGGUCGAUUGGAAGUGUACCACGGUGGACAUUGGGGAGGUGUUUGUACCUACAAUUAUGGCUUUGAUGACAAUGAUGCCACCGUCGCCUGUAGGAUGCUCGGAUACAGCGAUGGUCAGUCCUUAUACAAAAGUUUUGGUUUGCCUGACGAACCGAUAUGGAUGGAAAAUCUAGGAUGUAAUGGUACAGAGUCCAGUUUAGCAGACUGUCCGUUUAACGGUUGGGGACAGGUUGGAUACUGUUAUUAUCAAGCUCGUGUGGCGUGUUACAAUGCAUCAGCUACAAGUGAAAUAGCCGUGAGACUAAUGGGAGGAUCGUACGCCCACGUCGGACGUGUGGAGGUGUUUUAUGGUGGUUUAUGGGGGACGGUGUGUGAUGACUACAGCUGGGAUUACAAGAACGCAGAUGUUACAUGUAGGAUGAUUGGAUACAGUAAUGGAAGAGCAAUCUACAGAACGUCUAACUACGGUAGUGCUACCUCACCGAUUUGGAUGGAUGAUGUACGCUGUAACGGAACUGAGGGGAAUUUGGCUGGCUGUACCUUUAGUGGAUGGUCUUAUUCGGAAUCGUGCUACUACCCAGCCAGUGUUUUUUGUUAUAACGUGUCGGCAGGAAGUGAUAUUGACGUACGCCUGACUGGAGGUUCAGGUUCACAUGUCGGCCGUGUGGAGGUGUACUAUGGUGGCUACUGGGGAACCAUUUGUGGCUACUACGACUGGGACUACACUGAUGCUAGGGUCACGUGUCGGAUGAUGGGAUACAGUACCGGUCAUCAGAUAUAUCGUACGACAAAUUAUGGUUCUCUAACAGAACCUGUGUGGAUGGGAGGUGUAGACUGUAACGGUACGGAGGACAGUCUAGCUGAUUGUUCCUUUGGUGGAUGGGGACAAGUUGGCUAUUGCAGCAGCUAUCCUGCUAGUGUUUUCUGUUAUAAUGUAACAGCGAGCAGUGAUAUUGUCGUCAGACUGGUAGGAGGAGCAAUACCCAACGUCGGACGGAUAGAGAUUUACUUCGACGGUAUGUGGGGAACAGUAUGUUAUGAUUACAACUGGGACAACAAAAAUGCAGAUGUUACUUGUAGGAUGCUUGGAUACAGUAACGGUCGAUCAAUCUAUCGAACGUCUACUUACGGUAGUUAUACGUCCCCAGUUUGGAUGGAUGAUGUACGUUGUAACGGUACGGAGGAAAAUCUGGCUGACUGCUCCUUUAGUGGAUGGGCUUUUUCGGAUUAUUGCAGCUAUCCAGCCAGUGUUUUCUGUUAUAACGUCUCUGGAAGUGAUAUUGACGUACGUCUGACUGGAGGUUCAGGUCCACAUGUCGGCCGUGUGGAGGUGUACUAUGGUGGCUACUGGGGAACCGUUUGUGGCUACUACGACUGGGACCACAGGGAUGCUAAUGUCACGUGCAAGAUGUUGGGAUACAGUAACGGUCGUCAGAUAUAUCGUACACUAAAUUAUGGCUAUCUAACAGAACCUGUGUGGAUGGGAGGUGUAGACUGUAACGGUACGGAGGACAGUCUAGCUGAUUGUUCCUUUGAUGGAUGGGGACAAGUUGGCUAUUGCACAGAUAUCGACGUCCGUCUCACUGGAGGUUCAGGUCCACAUGUCGGACGUGUGGAGGUGUACUAUGGUGGCUACUGGGGAACCGUUUGUGGCUACUACGACUGGGACUAUAGGGAUGCUAAUGUCACAUGCAGGAUGAUGGGAUACAGUAACGGUCGGCAAAUGUAUCGUAGCACGAGGUAUGGCAUUCUAACAGAACCUAUAUGGAUGGGAGGUGUAGACUGUAUCGGUACGGAGGACAGUCUAGCUGAUUGUUCGUUUGAUGGAUGGGGACAAGUUGGAUAUUGCAGUAGCUAUCCUGCUAUUGUUUUCUGUUAUAACGUCACUGAGAAUUUAGCUCUAGACAUUCGCCUGGUAGAUAGACCAAAUGAUUAUACUGGUCGAGUGGAGGUGUACUACGGUGGACAUUGGGGAGGUAUUUGUACAUACAAUUAUGCCUUUGAUGACAAUGAUGCCAAUGUCGCCUGUAGGAUGCUCGGAUACAGUGCUGGGGAAGCUGUAUCGAGUGUUGUCGGUUUGCCUGAUGAACCAGUAUGGAUGGACAAUCUAAGAUGUGAUGGUACAGAGUCCAGUCUAGCAGAUUGUCCGUUUAACGGUUGGGGUCAGGUUGGAUACUGUUAUUAUCAAGCUCGUGUUGCGUGUAUCAACUUUACAGGUAACACUAAAGAUGUAAAGAGAAUAUCAUCACCUAAUUAAUGUUCAAAAUAAAUAUUUUCUUCUAUCAAUAAAUAAGCAUAUAUAUAAUGAUGUUUGUAGCAUCCAUAAUAAAAAAGUAAUUUUAUGAUUAAUCCUUUUUGAAAACAGCUUUUGCAUCAAUAAUUCAUUUUCCGUAAUGAGUCAUGUCUUUAGUUUCAUGUGUAUAUUACAAUUGUAUAUAAAUUCCUUUUGUAUGAUGAUCUUUAUAUGCAUUCUUUUGGUAUGAUUUUGUUUAUAUGCAUUCUUUUGGUAUGAUUUUGUUUAUAUGCAUUCUUUUGGUAUGAUUUUGUUUAUAUGAAUUCCUUUUGUAUGAUGAAUCGGUGACAAAUUACUAACAUUGUUUAGUCCAUUGUUAUGUCAUUGUGAUUGUCCAUACUUUGUGCUGUGCUUGACUCGUGUUUUGCUUUUACAAAUAAUUUAAACAUUUUUUUGUCUUCGGUAUAUUUAUUUAUCUUAUAUUGUUGAUAUAUUAUUAUUUUGUUCCUGAAAUUUCUCCUAACAAUUUUAACUUAAUCCUUAUAAUUAUCAUAAUUAUAAGUACUUGUGUAUAAGACUUUGUAUAGGUAAAUGCGUCCUGUUGGUACGUCGCCUAAAACAGAACGGUAUGUAUACUUUGUACUUUGUGAAAUUGAACUGUUUUACGCAACUAUUCUAAAACUGUAAACUGUGUAUAUAUUUUUUGUCUGAAAAAUCUAUUAAGUUAUUUAAAUGGUAACAAUGCAUCAUUCAUCAACAUAAAUACCAAACUAAAAUAGCGUUAAUCAGUAAAGCACGAAGUAGCCAACAAUGUAAUUAAAUCUAACUGAAUAACAUCUAGAAAACGAAAAAGUUUAAAAAAAAAAAA